AUGACGAACGAUAUUAAGGAAAUACAAACAAUACAACCGGAACUAUCCGAGAUUAAAGAAGUAAAGGGCGAACUGACUAAUGUGAAGAAAAGGAAACGCAGAUCCAAGAAGAUUAAUAAGUUGACCGAUGGUCAAAUACGUAUAAAUCAUGUGUCGUCAGAAAAAAAAAGAAGGGAAUUGGAAAGAGCAAUAUUUGACGAACUGGUGGCCGUAGUGCCCGACUUACAACCCCAAGAAAGUCGAUCAGAACUAAUCAUAUACUUGAAAAGCUUAAGUUAUUUAAGUUGGCUUUAUGAAAGGAAUGAAAAGCUGAGGAAGCAAAUCAUAGCUAAGCAUAAAGCAAGAACUGGCAGCAGCAGCUACGGCACUGAACAACAACAGGACGGGAACAUCUUGGAUUUAGUACCGAAGGAGUUGAUUUGGGAGUUGGGUGAUGAACAAACUGGUAAGUGA